AUGCGUCCUCUUGAUCUCAGCGUCUUCGCCGGUAUUCUUCUCUUCUUUGGCAGAUUCCAUCUCGUGGCGACUGGCGCGUUCCGAGCCACAGUAAUUGUACCCAAAGUACCAACAGUCCUCCAAGCCACUGGAAUCCAAUCAUUCUGGCCCGCAAUCGAGCCUGCAAACAGCAAUUCCAUUUUACAAAUUGUAUACGCCAAUGGAGGAAAUACGCUCGGCCGAUGGUCGUUUUUUGAGUAUUUCCAGCUUGGAAAUGCAUCAGCUGGAGGUGAAAGGAUUCAUGGGAAGAAUAUUAAUGUUUAUCCGGGAGAUCUGAUCUCGAAUGGGUUUAUCUCGAUGGAUUCAUCUGAGCAGUGGAAAGGUCCGACAAAGUCUUAUAAAUGGUUUGUUGAGUGGAGCGUUAGAAGAGGUGCGGAGGGACUGGCGAAUGGGGAAAUAAAUUUUAUGGGAAAUCAAACAGUCGAUCUUUCACCAUAUCCCGACAUAGGAGACUUUACACAAGCUAUCCUCGCAACCGAACUCAACCGCGCCGCAAAGUGGGAAAUGGGUCCUCUAAAUUGGAAAAAUGUCCUAAUUCAAAUCGAACGCACAACAAAUACGGAUUGGUGUAGUGUUGAUAAACUUAUACUCAGCAAUGUUACUCUUAGUAACAUAGAAGCUGUUAGAGUGUUUCCGGCAAUUACAGGCAUGACUUGCUUUUUUAAGGGGUUUACUGUUAUGGAUUCUACGGUUUCGGCGUAG